GAAGUAACGUACCAAGUCCUACCCACCCAACACAAUCAAACGUUAACGUUGCUCCGGUAGCAGAGAUAACAACCUUAAAAAUCCACAUUAUUCCCUCGAACUUAUUCUUGUUUGAAGCUUAUCCAGCAACCAGAACACGAGCCAGAGCUGCUCAAGAAACUCCCUAUGACUGA